AUGCAUGUCAAUCUCAGACUGACAAGCGAGGAGAAAGACACUGGUGACAGCCGCUUAGAAACGUCAGGAUACGGGACGGACUACAUAAUUACAACAUCAAUAACAGCUAAUUAAUGCAAGUAGGCACAAGCAGAAAGUGAAAUAUGUUUUUUGCUCAACAGAAGUCUAUGAUGGCGUUUCUACAGCAGUUUGCACUUCUAGCAUUAUUAAUAGUUUUCAUUACAUCAUGCAAGGCUGAAACAUUAGAAGGAGAUAGUGUUGAAGUAGGCCAUAACUAUUCUUUAAAGUCAUCAGCUACUGAGCAUACUAGCACCUCGAUUAACGAUUCCACCGAUGGACAUGCUCCUUCAGAAAUCUCUACACUACCUAUUGUCACCUGGAAAUGGCAUCAUAUAGAAACUCCAUACCUGGUGGCCCUCUGGAUAUUGACCUGUUGGCUCUGUAAAUUAGUGUGUGAGCUGAACCACAAUGUCACCAGCGUGUUCCCAGAGAGUGGGCUGCUCAUCAUCCUGGGCUUUAUUUUGGGAGGAAUCGUCUGGGGAGCAGACAAGGCGCAGACUUUCAAACUGAUCCCCACCAACUUCUUCUACUACUUGCUUCCUCAGAUCAUCUUGGAUGCAAGUUACUGCAUGCCAAACAAACUAUUCUUCAGCAACCUGGGUGCCAUUCUUAUCCAUGCCAUUAUUGGGACAUGCUGGAAUGCGGCCACAGUGGGCAUUUCACUAUGGGCCUGCUAUGAAGGGGGUGCAAUGGGGACUCUGAACAUCGGCUUUCUGCAGUUCAUGUUGUUUGGUGCUCUGAUAUCGGCCGUGGACCCUGUGGCAGUGAUUGCCGUGUUUGAGGAAGUGCAUGUGAAUGAAGUGCUUUACAUCCUGGUGUUUGGAGAGUCCCUGCUCAAUGAUGGUGUCACAGUGGUGCUUUAUAAUGUGUUUGAUGCAUUCGUGUCUCUGGGAGGCCCGAAAAUCAACGCAGCAGAGAUUAUUAAAGGAAUAGUUUCAUUCUUUGUUGUGGCAUUUGGAGGCUCCUUUCUUGGUGUUGUGUUUGCCAUCCUGAUAUCCAUGCUGACCAGGAUCACCAAGAACGUCCAGGUCAUCGAAGCCGGCUUCAUCAUUGUGCUUGGCUACUUGUCUUAUCUGACGGCUGAGAUGCUCUCACUCUCUGCAAUACUUUCGAUCACUUUCUGUGGUGUUUGCUGUCAGAAGUACAUCAAUGCCAACAUGGAUGAAAAAUCUGUCACAACGUUGCGUUACACUCUGAAGGUGAUGGCCAACGGCUCAGAGACCAUGAUCUUCGUCUUCCUGGGAGUUUCAGCCAUUGAUAAAAACAUCUGGGUUUGGAACACUGGCUUCAUCCUUCUCACUAUCCUCUUUGUCGUUGUAUUCAGGUUCAUAGGUGUUUUUUUCCUCAACUGGGUCUUGAAUCAGUCUCGUCUGAUUCCUAUCGACAUCACAGACCAGUUUGUGAUGGCCUACGGUGGCCUGCGAGGAGCAGUGGCAUAUGGACUCGCGGCCCUUUUAGAUGAGAAGAAGAUCCCAGAGAAGAAUCUGAUGCUUGGUACCACGCUCAUUGUGGUGUAUUUCACCGUCAUUCUUCAGGGGAUCACCAUGAAACCACUGGUUCAAUGGCUGAAGGUUAAAAAGGCAACUAAUUCAGAUCUGACUCUCAAUGGAAAAAUGAACAACAGGGCUUUUGAACACAUACUGACAGCAAUGGAGGACAUCUGUGGCCGGAUGGGAGAUAACUGGUGGACUAGACAUUGGAAAUAUUUUGAAGACAGGCAUGUCUGCUGGCUACUAAUGAAAAGCGAUGCCAAAAAGCACCGAGACCCGAUCUUUGGUGCCUUCCAUAAGCUCAAUCUGGAGGAUGCCACAAAAUAUGUAACUGAGGGUGAAUGCAAAGGUUCUCUGUCUUUCAUUCGUAAUUAUGACAGUACCUCUGUAGACUUCAAGAAGAAGCUUGCUUUACAGUAUGCUGACAUUGACAAUGUUCCAGUGACCUCUGUUAUGAAGAACUCAAUACCAUCUGUAUCCCUCGAUAUCCACGAGCAAGACAGGAAGAGCACGCCUGAUGACCUCAGUGUCCAUCAUCUACUAGAUCAGCAUCUGUACAAGAGCAGAAGAAAUAACUGUCCCACUUACAGCCGCAAUCACUAUAACACCUCAGAGAAUCCAGAUGAAAUGCAGGAGAUCUUCCAGAGAACCAUGAGAAGUCGAACUGAGUCCUUCAAUUCGGCUAAGAUGGGUUUCAACCCAGUCAAGAAACUCUCCAAACAUCCCAACAAGGAUUCAACACAUAAGCUUAAUGGAAAACCAGCAGACCCACACAGAACUCAUCCAUAUGGAGAUGGAGAUUUUGAGAUUUCGGCUGCCAGUGCUUCUAGCGGUGAAAUUGCUGGUCAUUUCCACAGGAGAAGCACAAACACUCAUGGUGCUGGUGUUGAUAAUCCAGCAUUCAUACCUGAGAUAGACACCUCUCCACCCAUGCGAAACCCACCCUGGCAAACAGAGACAGGGAACAACGCGGCUGUGGCACCUUCCCAGAGAGCUCAGGGACGAAUGCCCUGGACGCCCACCAACCUGAGACCUCUAGCACCCCAGAGAAUGCGCACCCGCUCCACAGACUCCAUCGUGACGGCUGAUGCUUCGCUUGAUGAGAAAGCACCAGAGGAGAAGCCCGGAAAACAUCAUACUAGAUUGUAAUCUGAUAUAUUUCCAUCCGCUAUCAUUAACCUGCCAAACAUGCGAUUAGGCAAAUCCUUUCAAACUGAGACUGUCUUUCAUUUUAGGUGGUUAUUAUGUUAUGAGCCCACAGAUUAGAGAAUCAUAGUGUUGAUAGUACAUUUAUUGCAUAUCAUUGUGUAACUUGAAGUACUGUUGUGGUUUUACCUACUUAUGUAUAUAUAUUUUGAUCUUUUUUGAGCUUGGUCUAUACAAAUGUUUAAACUCUGCAUGUUUGUAUGUGAUUAUUUAUUAUUGCAUGGUCAUUCAGUGGUUGCUUCUUUCAUUUCUGUAAUCUUACAAUGAUUUAUUUUAGUAUUUUACUCAAAGCUAUUGAUGUUUUAUUAGUCGAAUGAAGACCAUUAAAAUGUAUAUCAUUAAAAAUAAUAGUUUAAAAGUAACUUAUUCAUGUGUGGAUUUCAUGCUUUAUGAGUACCAGUGAAGUCUGACCUUGGAAUUGGUUAAUCGUGUCUGAUAAAACUCGAACUGGAACGCAAAGUUUGAGUAAUACAAUUUAAAUUGGUACUAAUGAG